GAUUCAGUUGGCUAUUGUGAUUGUGUUUCCGCGAAUGGCAUCAAAACAUCGAACAUCAAAUUCAAGGCGCAGUUUGGCGAGUACAAGCAAUGGCCAGAAUGAACAAUUUAGUAAUUAUCAUCCAUAUCAAUAUUCGGCACGUAGGCGACAAGAAGAAUCAAUCACUGCUUACAAUCGUUGUCUACGAGUUUUUCGAUGGUUAUUUGUUAUCUGUUCAUUAGCCGUGAUCUCUAUGACAAUUUUGUUGAAUACAAGAAUCGCUAUGGUUGCAACGGAUCGCUGGGAAGACUAUCAUCAAAAUUUUACUGAUGAACCAUUUCUAAUCAAAAAUGUCAACAUUAAAAUGUCAAUGGCAUUAAUAAUGGGGUUCAGUACAUUCUCGAUAAUAAUCUAUAUAAUUGGCAUUGUGAGUAUAGUACGUGAAAGGCUUGAUUGGUCGCAAUUAUUUUUGGUACUUAUUAUUGCCCACUCAUUUGCUAUCUAUAUGAUUGUCAAUCAGUAUCGGCAAUUUUCGCUUGCUAUCGAUGCUUUCUUAGGCUUACUAACAACGGCAUAUAUGUUGAUAUUAGUGAAAAAAGUUAUAACUAAACAAAAAUUUCAAUCGAAACAAACAUUAUCGACUAAAUCAUCAUCGGCAAUAAUGUCACCAUCUACAAUCAAACACAUAGGAACGACGACGACAAUUUUAUUAUCACGAGGCUCAUCAUCAUCAUCAGAAACAUCGGAUGGUUCAAUUACGAGUACAUCCAAUUCGUCACCAUCAUCAUUACAUCAUCGGCAUUAUAAGGGACGAAAAAAAAAUCAAAAACGAUCACCCAAUAGACGUGCAUCUUCAUCACCUAAAAACAAAUCAAUAUCUUCAAACCUAAAUGUGAACAAAUCGACCAUCGAUUCAACAUCAUCUAAUCCUAAUCAAUCAUUUAUUGAUGAUUUUUCGCCCAGAAGAAUGGAAUCAAAAAGCAUUCGCAUUAAUAUUAACAAUCAACAAAAAAUAAAUAAUAAUAAUUUAUAAUGAUCUAAUUGAUUA